AUGCUGACAACCGAUGAGAUAAAGGAGAGGUGUAAGCUGGUGCUCAGCGAUAGCAAGAAGAAGAAUUACAAUGUGGUAGUGAAGCUGCUACAGGCUUUCGGCGAGCCAGUAAUCGAUGCCGAGGGCGAGGUGGAGCACGAGCCGGAACUACGGUACCUGGCACUGUCGCUAGCACAUGUCUUUGUGAAGCUCUUUGAGCGUGGCCACCUGGUAUCUGUUUCCGGGAAGGGUAAGGAGCAUGAAUUUGCAGAUUGGUGCCGCAAGCUGUACACUUCAUUCAAGAACAAACUUCUACAGUGCAUUGCCGUACCAAUCGAGAGCUCGCUAGGCCUGGACUGUAUUGAUGCAUACAUGCGCAUGCUGGAGCAGGAAGCAGAACACUUUGCUUCGCAGCCUGGCGCGCCAUUUUUCCCGAACAAGACGCUGAAGAAACUGGUACAGGCGCUGUUCGAGAGCACGCACGACGCAGACGUCGACGCCAGCACCGGGCAAUCGACCAACGCGCUGUGGCUGCACUUUGUCGACACAUAUUAUAAGCGUUACGUCGACGUGCAGUUCUACACGCAGGCAGAGCUUGCCGGCGGGCUGCCGGACUCCCCGUCCGUGGCCGCCAAGUGGCUCGCUCUGUGCAACCAUGACAACCACUACGACAGCGAAGAUGCUGAUCUGGAGAUCUUUGUUCCAAACCCACCCGGCGCCAUGGAGAAUGAAGCCCGCUUCAAGAGCAAUUUCGAAAGCAACUGGUUGCAUGUGCUGAGUCUGGCCAGCCUGACGGACGCGCAGUACAAGACGAUCUUCCUCAUCCUGCACAAGCGUAUUACGCCGCAUUUCCAGCAGCCAACAAGGCUGAUGGACUUCCUGACGGAUUCGUACGACAACGGGCACGGCGUAAUCCCGCUCCUGGCUCUGAACGGCCUGUUCGAUCUCAUGCGCCGCCACAACCUGGAAUAUCCCAACUUCUACACAAAGUUGUACCAACUGGUAACGCCAGACAUGAUGCAUACAAAAUACAGGUCCCGCUUUAUGCGCCUCAUCGACUUGUUCCUGUCGUCGACGCACCUCCCCGCAAACCUCGUCGCCUCCUUCAUCAAGCGGCUGGCGCGCCUGUCGCUCGACGCUCCGCCGGCCGCCAUUGUCUCGGUCAUCCCCUUCGUGUACAACUUGAUCAAGCGCCAUCCCAGCUGCAUGAUUAUGCUGCACGACCCGGCCUUCAUCGCCGACCCCUUUGCUACCCAGGAGCAGCGUGAGCGCCUGGAUAGUGCCAAGCGGGACUACGUCGACCCAUUCGACAGCACAGAGCAGAACCCGGAAGCCACGAGAGCCAUCGACUCGUCGCUCUGGGAGCUCGAGACACUGAUGUCCCACUACCACCCCAACGUGUCGACGCUGGCCAAGAUCUUCUCCCAGCCCUUCCAAAAGCUCUCCUACAACAUGGAGGACUUUUUGGAUUGGUCCUACGACUCGCUCCUAGCUGCCGAGAGCACCAGAAAGAUGAAGGUACUUCCAUCCCUGGAAUUCGACCGAUUCGAUACGCUAUUUGGCGGCUAUAUAGAGAAUAUCGAGUGGUAA